UCACCAGGAAGAGACGUGGCAGACAGAAGUCAGACUGGGGGAGAAAGAAGAAAAAUAUCUCAGGGUGUAUAGGGCGAGGAACACUGUGUGCGGGGGUGUGAUGGGGGAGAGGAUACGGGGGAGCAUCCUACAGUAACACCGAGGAGAAGGAGGGGGCGAGGACAACACGGAAGUGGGGCGUGAGUGACCCUGCAGUGUAAGGUGUCUCUGCCAUCAUGGGUCUCUGCAAAUGUCCCAAGAGAAAAGUGACCAAUCUGUUCUGCUUUGAGCAUCGGGUAAAUGUUUGUGAACAUUGUCUGGUGGCCAAUCAUCCAAAGUGCAUUGUUCAGUCGUACCUACAGUGGCUUCAGGACAGCGAUUACAAUCCGAAUUGCAGCCUGUGUAACACUCUGUUGUCUGCUAAAGAGACUGCGCGCCUCGUGUGCUAUGACUUAUUCCACUGGUCCUGUUUGAAUGACCUGGCAUCACGGCUACCACCAAACACUGCGCCUGCUGGGUACCAAUGCCCGAGCUGCCAAGGACCCAUCUUUCCCCCUAGCAAUCUUGUCAGCCCAGUGGCCUCCACCCUGCGGGAGAAGCUCUCCACGGUUAACUGGGCAAGGGCUGGACUGGGCCUCCCUUUAAUCGAAGAGACUGCACCUGUAGAGGCGGUUGCAGAACACGAUGUCACAGAUUACAGGGACUGGUCAAUUGUCAAUUCCUCAUCCUCUGAUCACAUGUCAGAAAGCUCAGAAGUACCACAACAGGCCGGGUAUCUCUACGGUUCAGUACCCACCUCCACAGCUCAGCAUGGCUUAUCUGGCGCCAUGUCAAAAGACCACACUGUGAUGAUUGGAGAUGGAGGAGCUGAUAGUGUUAAUAUUAAUGCAGCCUCAACUCCUAGAAAGAUUUAUGACACUCGAGAUGUUGCUGCCUCACAAGACACAACGAUCGACUUUGAUGAUGACAAAUACAGGAGGAGACCCACUCUAAGUUGGUUGGCACGGAUACUCCGCAAUCGUACCGGUUCAAAGUCGCGGCCUGUUUCCACCAAACAGCGGUUCCUGGUUAUCCUAAUUAUUGGUGUAUUGGGCUUUCUGACUCUCAUUCUACUCAUGUCAAAAUGGGGCAGAGCAUCAGCUGACAAUGACCCAAACCUUAACCCAUUGUUUAACCCGCAUAUCCGAAUUGGGAAUGAGUAGAUCAUGCUGCAGCAUUCCAGGGGAAGAAGAAAGGAAUGAACAUUGUCCUCCACCGCAGAUUAGUGUUAUGACCUAAGAAAUCCCAGAGGUGGAGAAGCACAUUGCUGGGCUCGUUUGCCCAGUGGGAUGGCCUUAAGUCUCAUAACAGCUUUUACACUGUGCCCUUACAGUGUUUCGGCUUAGGAAAAGCAGAGACAUUAUCCAGCUGUAAUGGCUGUAGUGUGUUUUCUGCCCAGGGGCAAGACUUCGGUAUAAGGAUGCAUUAGCUGGUACAUGAGCGAUAGGAUCCUGUUGUGCCUUUACAGGUGGCACAGCGACGCACAGUCUACAUCAAACAUCAUAAAGGUUGUUGCAUAUAUUCUUUGCUCCUUGGUUUAACUUAAGAAUAAUCCUUUUCUGUGUAAAUUGGAAAUAUCAGAUGUGGAGACUAGCCGAGAAAAUACCAUAAACUACAAGUGUGACUGUAACAUUCUGUAUACAGAUGUUUUGUUUUUUUAGUGACUAUCUUAAUAUUUUCUCAUGUCUUUGGGUCAUACAAAGCUAUAAGCCAGUGUUGCAGAUUGGAUUGUGUAGCAACAGUUUUUCUUUUGUUAAAUUUACAGGCUUCAUACCUUCUGACUUAUAAUGUGUGCAAAUGACACUAAUAGACAGUACAUCAUAAAGGAUCACUAAUCGACAUUGAUUAAAAUACACAUUAUGAUCGUUUAACAGGGUUUCCAGGUGUCUUGUGAUAUUUUUUAUGCAGUUCUUUUGGCCUAAUUCACAUUUGGUCUGCUGACAGUGUGUCCUUAUUGUCCAUGAUGCUUUUUUAAAAGUAGCCUUAUACUAACCCAGGAGGCACAGUGUACUGACCAUAUUUAACAAACUUGUGGAGCAAGCUAAAUGGGCAGUCAGUGAGAUAUUCACCCAUCAUUGCAUUAUUGAUCCUUCGCUGUGCUUGUGGUGUCACCAGUAUAGCAGGAUCCUUUCCUAAAAAGAUUGGAAGUUAUCAAGUGAUUCUGAUCAUCAAAAAUGCUAGAUAUUCCCCCUGAUAUGGGUCAGUAGGCGGAAAGUCAAGAAAACUUGCACUUGAGGUAAGUCGUUUCUCGACAUUUGGUUUCUUUUAACACUUUUUUUUUUUUUAAAGUGUAUCUAUAUUUUUAGGUAUUAGAUUUGCACAAGAGUCACUAUCUUUAAAAAGUUUGUAACAUAAGUCAAAUAUAAUUUAAAUAUUACUAUUUAAAAAAGGAACAAUACUAGCAUUUUUACUGUUUAAAAACUCGCCAUCUUAAAUGGUCACUAACUCUUUAUACAACUUUGCAUAAAUCAAUAGCGACCAUAAAAAACGUAGUAAUAUAUUUUAUCAGAGACAAAUGUCUAAUUCUCCUGUUUAUUGCCAGUUUACCUCUCCCUCAAUGCUUUUCUCAUUGCCAUUACAAGUCUAUGCAGAGGGGAGGGGUAAGUCGUAAGCAGGAACUCAGACACAGCAAGAGAGACUUCACAGUUUGUUUGUUUUCUUAGCCCAAGUGCUAAAUUCACAUCCAUGUAGGUCAGUACCUUUUUUUUUUUUUAUGUCAUCCAUGAUCCUGGGGCUGCUUCUGAGUGUGUGCGAGAAGGUUAGGAAGCAGGUUCUCCUCUACUUUCUGUGUGCAGUGGAUGCCAGUUAGUCUUGGCCCACAAGAUCUAGGAGAACUGCAAACUAGAGGCAGGGCCUUUAGAGGGGAAACUGCUAAAAAAUUCCAAAUACAAGUAAUAUAAUUGGCAGAAAUUGUGGUAUUCCUAAUGCGCACACACACACUGUACUACUGAUUAAUGCAAAGUUUGUUGAAAUGUUAGGUAUGCUUUAAAUAUCUUCUUGAGGCUGUAGCCAGAACAAGUAUGAUAUUUACAAUGUACUAUAGAGAUCAUCGGUUACAGCAGAUAUUAUAUAGCCCAGAGCUGCAUUCACAAUUCUGCUGAAAUAUUUGACUGGUAAGUUGUCAGACACACAUUCAGCUGGGUUCUUAUAAUAAGGUGGAACAGUUAAGUUUACCUACAUCGGAUUACUGUACAUGGAGUAAAGAUGACUUCCCAGAAUGCAGUAUGCCAACACUGAGUUCCCAGAAAUUAAGAGAUUUUCUGUUCUUACGCCAGCAGAAUUGUGAAUGUGGCUGUAGGUUACAAUAAAGGAUGUAAUUCUGGUCUAGUGCAAGGUUUAUAGAGAUUAAAUGGGCAUUCUGAUGGCUCGGAACCAGGUUUCCACUUCCUUGUUUUGCUGAUGUUAAUUUCCCGCUAGUUUCCUUCUGACUCGGUGCCUCUUCCAGCAGCCUAUUGGCAGAUCUUAACAAGUAUGUCGGUGCUUAACACGCUCUGGGGAGAUUUAUUAAAACUGGCUUUUAAUAUGAACAGGCCUAUAAUUGUGCUAUGGUUGGUGUCAUUUUCUGUCCAGUAAUAAAUCUGUCAGAAAGAUGACAGCCAUGCCACUUUCUAGGUAACCCCGACGAUUUUCCAAUAUAUGCAAGAGGCGAGAAAAGUCUAGAAUGUUAGCACGCUAGCCAAAACUGGCAAAUUUUAUAUUUAUCGCUUUCCUAGAAUGCUGCUCCGUGAGUCAGGAGGGAACCAGCAAGAAGAGAACCGCACACUUACGCAACUUUUUCAUUCCACAAAUGUGGCGCAUUUAUAGUUAGAAAUUUGGCCCUUUUACGUUGAAAGCACGGUGUCUUGCUUCUACUACCAAUAUUGUAUUUUGUAUCCAGACAAGACAGAGAUGCGGGGUGAUUGUUCACCUGUCAGCAUGAAAAGAUACAGCAGCAAGAGCUGUAGGAGUAUAUACAUCAACAGGACCAUUUUCUACUAAUUCGUAAAAUUAUAACAUUCCAUUUAAAAGUGAAUUUUUAUAUAUAUAUAAUAUACAUUUUCUAUUAGCCAGGAGCCAAUUAACUGUGCUAUAGUUUAAAGUGUUCACCCCUGGGGGCCGUUUUGGAAACCCUGUGCUCCUCCCCCACUAUAUUCCUAGACCUGCAGAGCGAAGCGUACUUACCUGCUCCCUGCCACACUGCUGCUCUCUGGUGUCCCUCUAUCAACAUUUUUUUUUUUUUUUUUUAAUCAAAUCUUUUUUAUUUGUCAAGAAUACAAAGCUGUAUACAGUAGAAACAUUAUUAUGUCUUAAUACAGAAAAAUAAAUCUGUUCAAGAUGUG